AUGCCGUCAAUCAACCUAGGUUUGACAAAGCUGGCCCUGGUGACUGCCGUGGUAUCGACAGUUGCUGCCCAGGGACCGCAGCAUCUCAACUUUUUCGAUUAUGGCCAACGUGGACCACUGCUUGCAAGCCAUUUAGGCCCUCCAGCACCAAAUGCAACUUUUGACUACGUGAUCGCCGGUGGUGGUAACGCGGGGCUGACAAUCGCAACGCGCCUGGCACAGACUGGCGCCAGUGUGGCUGUAAUAGAAGCGGGAGGGUUCUAUGAGGUCGACAAUGGCAACCUCUCUAUAGUCCCAGGUUAUGCGACCUAUUUCACUGGAUCAGAUCUGGACAAUUAUUCCCCCUUGGUAGACUGGGGGUUUGCCACCACCCCACAAGCACCGCUGGGUAAUCGUCGGUUACACUAUGCGCGUGGAAAGACCUUGGGAGGCUCGUCGGCCCGAAAUUACAUGCUUUAUCAGCGAGCGACGGUAGACAGCAUGCAACAAUGGGCAGAUGAAGUAGACGACCAGAGUUACACCUGGGAUGCUUUCCUUCCCUAUUACCAGAAGUCUAUAAAUUACACUCCGCCCGAUCAGACAUUAUACACCAAUUCCUCCAACGAGCAAGAUCCCAACGCAUUCAACGCUACCGGUGGCCCUUUGAAAGUAUCAUUCAGCAAUUUUGUCGACCCAUUUGGAACAUGGGCACAGCAGGCUUUUAUCAAGGCCAACAUGUCUGAGAUCGAGGGUUUCGAUAGUGGUAAACUAUUGGGAUCUGCCUAUGCGACCCUUACGAUUGACCCGAGUAACGCCUGGCGGGAGACUUCUGAGUCCAGCUUCCUUAAUUAUGCCUUUAAUGCUGGUCUACCUCUUACAGUGUACAAGAGCUCUCUAGCUCAAAAGAUCUUGUUCGAUAGCAACAAAACUGCAAUCGGCGUUCAAGUGUCCGCUGCUGGUUUCUUUGGAACACCUUCAAUCAAUUUUACAUUGACUGCUAGGAAGGAGGUUAUUUUAUCCGCCGGUGCCUUUCAGUCUCCACAGCUGCUUAUGAUAUCUGGGAUCGGUCCAUGUGCUGAACUUGCGGCCUUCAACAUUCCUUGUAUCAGUAACUUGACUGGUGUGGGCCAAAAUAUGCAAGAUCAUCCCAUCUUUGGCAUUGCUCACAGAGUCAUUGUCAACACGGCAUCUGCGAGCUUGAACAACGCCACACUCUCUGCUUUAAGUGUCCAAUCGUACAUCAGAAAUGCUGCAGGUCCCCUUUCGAUCUUUGGACCGGGCAUCUACGGCUGGGAAAAGCUUCCGGAGCCGUACCGGUCUCAGCUUAGCCACCAGUCCAGAAAAGUACUCGAUAGCACUUUCCCGUUGGACUGGCCCGAGAUUGAAUGGCUACCUGUAGCAGCCUACAACGGGUAUAAUCUGAACAAGCAAACGGCCGAUCAGUGCGAUGGCCAUAAUUAUGCGACACUCAACGUCGCUCUCGUAGCGCCUCUUUCUCGCGGCACCGUCAAACUACAGAGCAAUUCUAUGACCCACCCUCCAAUUAUUGAUCCCAACUGGCUGGCUGACCCGACCGAUCUGGACUUGGCCAUUCAGUCAUUUAAACGGCAGCGAGAAAUCUGGAGUAUUCUGGCUGAUCUAGGAGUAGCCGACAAGACUGAAGCAUUCCCAGGCUCCAAUUACACUACAGAUUCUCAGAUACAACAGAUCAUCGUGGAGAGUAUGACAACUGUAUACCAUGCCUCCGCGACUUGCAAAAUGGGAAAUAAUGGUGACCCGAUGGCUGUUUUGGACAGUGAUGCACGUGUCUAUGGUGUUCAAAACCUUCGAGUCGUUGACGCUAGUAGUUUCCCUUUCUUGCCACCAGGCCAUCCUCAGGCUUUAGUAUACGCAUUGGCAGAGAAAGUUGCUGAUUUGAUUAGCACUCAGUCGAUAUCUUCUCUUUGA